CUCACAAUAUGGCGUCUAAGGUGGACGAAGAUUCCGAAGAAGGAAGAAAAUCUGUUGAAGAACGGUUGGAUGGGAAUAGAGAAAAAUAUGAACAGUGCGCGGUGGAAGAAGUUAGAAAAGAAGAACAUUUAAAAAACAGGUCUAAAUUUUCUGCGAACGCGCAGGUAGUUGAAGAGUUGUUUGACAAUGUUUCUGGAGAAGAUUCUGAAAGUGAAACAUUUCAAGAUGCAGUUGAGGAUUUAAAUGAAAAAAUUAACUCUUGUAAAGCGAAGUCGAGUGAAGAUACGAAUGAAGAAGAGAAAGAGGGAAAAAACGAGGUAGCGGAGGAAGAAGAAAGGUUAACACCUGAAGAAAAGGAGGAAAGAAAAAUACAGGCACAGGAAUUUAAAGAAAAAGGCAAUGAUUAUUUUAAAAGAUCUGAAUAUCCUGAAGCUAGAGAACUGUACACCAGUGCAAUAAAGAUAUGUCCAAAUGAUUUUACAAAGGAAAAAUCCAUAUUUUAUGCAAACAGAGCAGCCUGUCUGGUUAAAAUGGAGCAACACAAAGAAGCAAUAGAGGACUGUACAAAAGCCUUAGACCUAAACUCGGAUUACCUCAAAGUUAGACUCAGGAGAGCUCAGUGCUUUGAACACGAGGACAGAUUAGAAGAGGCAUUAGAGGAUUACCAGAAAGUGUUUGAUAUGGAUCGUUCAUCUCAUGUGGCAAGAGAAGCACUAAUGAGACUUCCUGAACAAAUAAAAGUCAAGCAUGAAAAAAUGAAAGAGGAAAUGAUAGGGAAACUCAAAGAUUUAGGAAAUGUUUUUCUACGGCCUUUUGGCCUGUCUACGGACAAUUUCAAGGUUCAACAGGAUCCUAAUUCUGGAGGCUACUCGGUUAAUUUUCAAAAAUAAUUUAGAAGGCUUGAAUAAAGUUCAAGUAGACUGUCUAGAGAUUCUUCAAGCACAUCUACAAAUAGAU